AUGUCCCGCCGUGUGUUGUCCAACGAUAAAAUAAUAGAAUUACUCGGAAACGGAGAAAACUCUGAUUUAUCUGAUUUCUCUGAUGGUUCAGAUAAUAAUGAAGAAGAUGAAUUGGAUAAUCUGCUAGCUAUGAAUGAAGUAUAUGAAAAUUUUGAUUUUCAAAAUAUAGAGGAUGAUAUAGAUUGGAAUAUUGAUAAUAUUGAUGAUGAUAUUAUGGUUGAAACAGAAAAUGUUGAUAGAGUGCUAGAAAAUCCAACUACAUCGUAUAAAUAUCAUAGUGUGAGAAAAGAAAACAUAAAAUGGGAAGCAAAGCCACUUACUACAAGAGAAAUUGUUUUUACAGCAGUACCAGAAAAAGAUUUUCCAAGUGCCCCAUUACCACCUAUAGAAUAUUUUCUAAAAUACUUUUCAACUAUAUCAUUUGACGACAUGGCACAUUUUACCAAUUUAUUUGCUCAACAAAAUAAUACUAAAAACUGGACAGAUACUAAUGCAUCAGAAAUGAAGGUAUUUAUUGGAAUACAUUUGUAUAUUGGUAUUAUUGGGUUCCCUCGAGUCAUUAUGUACUGGCAGCCAGAUUAUCGAAUAAAUAUAAUAGCAGAUAAUAUGACAAAAAAUAGAUUUUUUGAACUAAGAACUAACUUUCAUGUACAAGAUAAUUUAUUAAAUCCUACAGACAACACUGAUAAAUUUUUUAAAGUAAGACCUUUGUACAACUCAAUAAAAAAAAGAUGCAAUGAACUACAUACUGAAAAAAACCUAUGCAUUGACGAACAAAUGGUACCAUUCAAAGGACGCCUUGGUCUCAAACAAUAUAUGCGUGGUAAGCCCAGUCCGUGGGGUAUAAAACUAUAUUUAUUAUGUGGGGCUGGAGGCAUGGUUUAUGACCUAUUACUAUAUCAAGGCUCAAACACCGAAUUAGAUCAAGAAACUAAGGCACACUUUGGAUUAGGUGGAUCAGUUGUUCUGAAAUUGUGUGAACAGCUAAAAAAAAAUAGGCACAUAUUAUAUUUUGACAAUUUCUUUACAUCUUAUAACUUAUUAAAUGCUCUUCAAGAUCAAAAAAUAUAUGCAGCAGGUACAGCUAGAGUUAAUAGAUUUGCGAAUCCACCUCUUAUAACAGAUAAACAUUUACGAAAAUUGGGUAGAGGAGCAUCUUUUGAAGUAACUGGAUCUAAUGAAUAUGAAGGAAGAACAAAUCAAAUAGGAAUAAUAAAGUGGUUUGAUAAUAAAGGUGUUGUACUAGCUUCUAACUUUUUGACAUCAGGUAAAACUGAUGAAGUUAACAGAUGGGACAAAAAAGAAAAAAAAUAUAUUACACUAGAAAGACCAGAAAUAGUAAAGUUGUACAACAAAAGUAUGGGUGGAGUCGAUUUACAUGACCAAUUGAUCAGUUAUUUUCGAAUAUUUAUUAGAUCACGUAAAUGGACUCUUCGUAUGGUAACACAUUCUUUUGACAUGGCUUUGACAAAUAGUUGGAUGGAGUAUCGAAAUGAUGCAACACAUUGUAAUAUUCCAAAAAAAAUGGACUUGCUUCUUUUCAAACAACGUGUAGCAAAAACCCUUAUUUCUCUUGGUAGAAGUCAAAUGUAUACUCCUGAGCGCAAAAAAAAAAGUAGGAAGGCCUAG